GAAGAGAAGGGAAAUGUCUAACUUCCUGUUGAGACUGCACAGAAGGAGGCUGUGGUGUGUUGCGCGGUGAGUCCAUACUGUACACUGUGUCACCUCACGUGUCAGUGUGGCCCGAGCCAAGUGCAACAGGAGGGGCUGCAGGUCAAACAAAUCCCUGGGCUGCUUAUCUGCUCGUGGCCUCUUGCCUCUGUAAAGCGACGUGAGGUCUCCUCUCCACACGAGGAAGACGCUACUUGAGUGCUCUCGGCUAAUGGGCGGAGCAGCGCGCGCUCCACGCGCACGACGCAAGUUUGACCGAGCGCCUUUUUUGUCCAGGCGGCGGCGGCGGCGGCAGAUGCACCGUCCAGCCUGCGCCUUAGUCCGCUAGAAGAAGCCACUUAAGUCCAAUUAACCGGGAGGGGGGAGGAGCAGGCGGAAAUCCACGCAUGUAGGCUGCUCCAGCCCAACUCGCUGCUCCAGCUCGCUCGGCUCGACGAUGGACACGAGCGCGCCUCCGCCACGACAGCCCGCCGCCAGAGAACAAGUCGCGGCGGCAGCAGCAGCAGCAGCAGCAGCAGCAGCCUCGGGGAGUCAGCAGUGACAGCGCCGGCGUGUAUAAAAAAAAAGAAAGAAAGAAAGAAAGAAAGAAAGAAGAAGAAGCUCAGACGUGAGCUCUCGCAGACGGCCGAAGACCUCAGUAAGCCAGGAGCUGCUCCAGGCCCCCGGACGCGCGUCACCCGCCCGGCGACGCGUGCGGAGUUUCCCCUCGUCGGGACUAGUUGGUUGGAGGUGGACCGGACCGGGACCGGGACCGGACCGUCGCCAUGGAGACGCACACGGACGUGCUGCUGGUCACCGCCAACGUCGGAUCCCUCUUCGACAACUUGGGUGAAAUUCAAAGUGAAUGGUUACAAGAACUGUAUAAGACUAUCCACAGAUACCAGCCACAGUUCAUUGCCCUGCACUUCCAGGAGGUGGGAGGGAAGGACUACAUGGUUAACAUGGGCCAUGCAGAAGACUUCUUCUGGAGCAUCGAGUCCAAUGAAGAAAUGAAAGACUACAACAGGGUCUGCAUCUAUGUUGACAACCAGUUCCAAGCAGAGGCCGGCUUCACGGCUCUGGGGAGCAUGUACUUCAUCCACAAGACACUGAACAACAUCUAUCAAUAUGACUUUAAUGUUAAGGAUUUCAAAGCGGUGUCAGGCCAGAACAGGUACGUGGGCUCUCUGGACGGGGUCACCACAGUGGAGAAAGAAAAAUUCCCAAAGAAUUUCUGGCCGGAUUUCAAGUGGUCCAGAAAGGGCUUCAUGAGGACCCGCUGGAUCAUACACAACCAAGGUCUGGACCUGGUCAAUGUCCACCUGUUCCAUGAUGCCUCCAACCUAACUGCCUGUGAAUCCAGUCCAUCCGUUUACUCAGCCAACCGCAGAAACGCCCUCAGAUAUGUCAUCAACAGGGUAUCAGAUAGCCGCUACUCUCCGCUGCCGUUCUUCCUGUUUGGAGAUUUCAACUUCCGUCUGGACACUCUCAGUCUUGUCCAGCAUCUGUCCACUGAGGCAGAUGUGCAGACAGUGAGGAAGGACAGCAAUGAAGUGGAGAAAAUCAUCUGGGAAGAGAAGGACAAUGACCACCAGGUGUUGCUCCACAUCGAGGAGAAAAUGUUUGCCUACCUGCACCAGGCCUAUUUCAGGGAGGACAACGUCCCAUCGCUUUUGAAAUAUGACAAAGAAGUCGCAGCCUUCCAUGAUGUUAUUAGGGAAGAGGACAUCACAUUUCCCCCGAGCUACCCCUACAGUGAGGAGCACGCUAAACCAACCCAGUACAUGAACACUCGCUGUCCUGCCUGGUGUGACCGCGUCCUCAUGUCUCACGCUGCCCAAGAGUCCAUCCAUGACAGGAGCGACGACGGCGAGAGGGGCGUUGUUUACAACACAGUGGGCCCUAACGUCUGCAUGGGAGACCAUAAGCCCGUUUUCCUGUUCUUCUCAUUGAAGACCAAUGACCAUUGACUUGGUUCCUUCUCAAGGGACCCAACCUCGGAGCUCCACCAGAGGGUAAUCAGCGUGAUGGUUACCCACUACAACCCACCCGUCUGCACGGUCAACACCCCUCACAUCACUGGUGUCUCUGAUCUGCCCUCACCGCCACAUCCUGUCGACCUCAGCUUUAGUGACUUGAGCACUGAUUCAUUUACAGCUGUCACGGAUUUCUGAGGGAGGUUUUCUUCUCACUCUCAGACGUCCCCUGACCUGAAAACCCAGUGACACUGAGGAUGUCAUCAGAGUUCCUGUGUUGUUGUUUUGUUGUUGUUGUUGUUUUUUAAUGGCAACAAACAAUGAUGUGAAUACUCAAGUGUGUGACUCUGGACCGGGCCCUUUACAUGGAUGUGUACAUGUAGAUGUAAAUAUACAAUAUUCCCAAAUUUUUGAUUUUAACUGUUGCAUUUUGCAAAAAAAAUCUUAAUUUACAGGCAGCCAGCACAUCACAAAUAUAGUCUACUUCAUUCACCCUCAGUACUGUAAUUUCCACUCAGUAAGUUAGAAGUCUAAUUUCAGUCAUGAAUCAUGAUGCAGUAUUAUGAACCAUGGUUAAAGUAACUUAUAGUUUAGGAUUUAGAAGAAUAUUGGUAUUGUCAUGAGCCAUAGUGUAUGUAAAAAUUCAGUCAACUUAAAAAAAAAUAUGGGAUCAAGAUCUGUAAAUCCGCACUACAGACUCACGGGGCGUGCUUUUAUUUCGUAUUUCUUCCCAACGUUAGUUCAGGUAAGUUAUUUAGGACAGUAAGCAAGAUUUAAAAAUGCAGUGGAGGAAUGCCUCUAUCUCUAUUUCCUGGUCACAUCUUCGGUCAGAUGUCCUCGAUAGAUAUGCAUGUACAACAAAUUACUUCACACAGAGCAGAUUUAACUGUGUCAAAUUUCUCCCAAUUACAUCACUGACUAACCCAAUUUUUAUAAUAGUUUUUGAUGAAUUUUUUAGAUUUUUUUUUAAUGGUGACAUUAUUUGGAAAUGACAAUAGACUGUCAUCAGUUGUUUAAACAGUCAAUGAAACAAGUACAACAGUUUCGUCUCUUUAUAUAAAUGCUGUGGGUGGAGGCCGAGAUUAUUAUAAUUAUUAUUAUUAUCACACAGAAACAGAAUCGUCUUUCUGUGUACCAACUCUACAUUUAUACCAUGUGCUUAAUUCCACUUAAGUUCUAAAACACAGCAGUCUUCCGUUUUCAGUUUUUGCCGGCCUCACUCAGAGAUAGUUAUCUUUUGUUUUUCACAGAAAUCUAACACGCUGUCCUGGUUUGCAUUGACCUCAUUUCUUUGCCAAAAUUUAACUGUAGGCCUCAUAUGUUUACUCACAGCUGAAUUUGAGUGUUGAGUGUGGAUGUUUGAGUCACUCCACAAAAUCCUGGUUAUAUACAGUAUAUAUAAACACAACACGUGUGCACCUACACAACGUAAAGGUCUGCUUUUUUGUAUUUCCUAGAUUUUUUUUUUGUCUAAUUUUUCCCCUUGAUUCAUAUUAGCUUCAUACUCUAGCACCAGAGCUGUGAUAUACUGUAUUUCUGGUGCGUGGAUUAUCGGUUUGAUCUGUUUUUAACGACUGAGUGAUGUUUAAACAUGUUUUUGGUUUCUUGUAUUUCCCUUUUUUUUUUGUGAGUGUUUUGUGAAAAAUUCUUUUGUCUUAAACAACUUUGUAGUACAGCACACAGUAUAUAUUCUUAGCAUAAAUCCACAGAUAUUUAUUUUUAGGUUUGGUCUGUCAGUCAUAUUUGUAGAGAGGGACUGAAGCAUCGCCAUAACAAGAUUAAGUUAAGACUUAAAAUCUGUCUGUGUAGAUUGAGAACAGUGUAAGUGAUUGGUUUCAAGGCCAGUAUUACCUUUGGAAGAACUCUGGUCCAACACUACAUCAUUACUUUUGUAAAUAAAAUAUCACUCUCAUAAA